GAUAGAGGGGGCGAUGGUCGUACAUAAAUUCUCACGCGUGUUCGCAGGCGGCUUGCACAAAUUUUUGUCACACCAAGGUUAUAGUUUGCGGUGUUUUUCGUCGUCCGGCAUUUGUUUCAAUAUGGCCUAUUCUAUUGUUGAAAGAGGCUCUCCUUUUUCUCCAGAUUACAGAGUUUACAUUCAAAAUCAAAAUGGCCCUAUUUCACCUCUUCAUGAUAUCCCUUUGGUGGUGGAUAGCAACAAGAAGAUUUUUAAUAUGAUUGUGGAGGUCCCUAGGUGGACCAAUGCAAAGAUGGAGAUUACUAUGAAAGAGAUUUUGAAUCCGAUUAAGCAGGAUGUAAAGAAGGGUAAACCUAGGUUCGUAGCAAACUGUUUCCCUCAUCACGGAUAUAUCUGGAAUUACGGAGCUCUACCCCAAACUUGGGAAAACCCUGAACACCUCGAUGAUGGUACAGGGUGCAAAGGGGACAACGAUCCCAUAGAUGUGAUAGAAAUUGGUUACAGAGUAGCAAAAAGGGGGGAAGUUUUGCAGGUGAAAAUCUUAGGAACCAUUGCCUUAAUUGAUGAAGGUGAAACAGACUGGAAGUUAAUUGCCAUAGAUGUAAAAGACCCUAUAGCUGACCAAGUGAAUGAUGUUAGUGAUGUCGAAAAACAUUUCCCUGGUCUUUUGAAAGCUUCAGUUGAAUGGUUUAAAAUCUAUAAAAUUCCCGAUGGUAAACCAGAAAACCAAUUCGCUUUUAAUGGAGAAGCUAAACCGGCGAGUUUUGCUUUAAAGAUAGUAGAUGAGGUGCACCGUUUCUGGAAAGCUUUAGUCAAUAAAGAAGUUGAUGCCAAGGGCAUUUCCUGUGUCAACACUACUAUUGAAGGCAAUCCCUUCAAAGUAUCAAUAAAUGAGGCUAAAGAAGUGAUUAACAAAACUCCAGUGUAUUCCCAACCGCAGAAGAUCGAUCCCAUUGUUGCUAAAGUUUAUUUCCUUAGAAGACCAUCUAAUAAAUGUAGACUUUAAAGUUACUUUCUUCUUCCAUCAAGUGUGUUAUGUUUAUAAUGUUUGUUUUUUUUUUUCAGUGGAUAAAUGGCAUUACGUUCAUUUAAAAUAAGGAAGAUAUUUAAAUAAAAUAUUACACCAGUGCAUUUGUUGUUUCUAUUUUUUGUAUGGGUAAGAAUAUAGUCUAUUGUAUGCA